GUCCUCUACCCCUGUGUGGUGUAUGACUGUGGGCCCCAGCGCGCUUGGAAUAAAAAUCCUCUUGCUGUUUGCAUCAAGACCGCUUCUCGUGAGUGAUUAAGGGGAGUCGCCUCUUCCGAGCCUGGAGGUUCUUUUUGCUGGUCUUACAUUUGGGGGCUUGUCCGGGAUCUGUCGCGGCCACCCCUAACACCCGAGAACCGACUUGGGGGUAAAAAGGAUCCUCUUUUUAACGUGUAUGCAUGUACCGGCCGGCGUCUCUGUUCUGAGUGUCUGUUUUCAGUGGUGCGCGCUUUCGGUUUGCAGCUGUCCUCUCAGGCCGUAAGGGCUGGGGGACUGUGAUCAGCAGACGUGCUAGGAGGAUCACAGGCUGCUGCCCUGGGGGACGCCCCGGGAGGUGAGGAGAGCCAGGGACGCCUGGUGGUCUCCUACUGUCGGUCAGAGGACCGAAUUCUGUUGUUGAAGCGAAAGCUUCCCCCUCCGCGACCGUCCGACUCUUUUGCCUGCUUGUGGAAGACGUGGACGGGUCACGUGUGUCUGGAUCUGUUGGUUUCUGUUUUGUGUAUCUUUGUCUUGUGUGUCCUUGUCUACAGUUUUAAUAUGGGACAGACGGUGACGACCCCUCUUAGUUUGACUCUCAACCAUUGGACUGAAGUUAAAUCCAGGGCUCAUAAUUUGUCAGUUCAGGUUAAGAAGGGACCUUGGCAGACUUUCUGUGUCUCUGAAUGGCCGACAUUCGAUGUUGGAUGGCCAUCAGAGGGGACCUUUAAUUCUGAGAUUAUCCUGGCUGUUAAAGCAAUUAUUUUUCAGACUGGACCCGGCUCUCAUCCCAAUCAGGAGCCCUAUAUCCUUACGUGGCAAGAUUUGGCAGAGGAUCCUCCGCCAUGGGUUAAACCAUGGCUGAAUAAGCCAAGAAAGCCAGGUCCCCGAAUUCUGGCUCUUGGAGAGAAAAACAAACACUCGGCUGAAAAAGUCAAGCCCUCUCCUCAUAUCUACCCCGAGAUUGAGGAGCCGCCGGCUUGGCCGGAACCCCAAUCUGUUCCCCCACCCCUUUAUCCGGCACAGGGUGCUGCGAGGGGACCCUCUGACCCUCCUGGAGCUCCGGCGGUGGAGGGACCUGCUGCAGGGACUCGAGCCGGAGGGGCGCCACCCCGGAGCGGACAGACGAGAUCGCGACAUUACCGCUGCGCAUGUACGGCCCUCCCAUACCGGGGGGCCAAUUGCAGCCCCUCCAGUAUUGGCCCUUUUCUUCUGCAGAUCUCUAUAAUUGGAAAACUAACCAUCCCCCUUUCUCGGAGGAUCCCCAAUGCCUCACGGCGUUAGUGGAGUCCCUUAUGUUCUCUCACCAGCCUACUUGGGAUGAUUGUCAGCAGCUGCUGCAGACACUCUUCACAACUGAGGAACGAGAGAGAAUUCUGUUAGAGGCUAGAAAAAAUGUUCCUGGGGCCGACGGGCGACCCACGCAGUUACAAAAUGAGAUUGACAUGGGAUUUCCCUUGACUCACCCCGGUUAGGACUACAACACGGCAGAAGGUAGGGAGAGCUUGAAAAUCUAUCGCCAGGCUCUGGUGGCGGGUCUCCGAGGCGCCUCAAGACGGCCCACUAAUUUGGCUAAGGUAAGAGAAGUGAUGCAGGGACCGAAUGAACCCCCCUCUGUUUUUCUUGAGAGGCUCUUGGAAGCCUUCAGGCGGUACACCCCUUUUGAUCCCACCUCAGAGGCCCAAAAAGCCUCAGUGGCUUUGGCCUUUAUAGGACAGUCAGCCUUGGAUAUUAGAAAGAAGCUUCAGAGACUGGAAGGGUUACAGGAGGCUGAGUUACAUGAUCUAGUGAAGGAGGCAGAGAAAGUGUAUUACAAAAGGGAGACAGAAGAAGAAAGAAA